UCUCGCGAGCUUUGCUUGAUCGAUCGUUUCGCGGCGCUGAUCUUUCUUUUUUUUCCAGCUCCAGGGAUCUAAUUCGGGCAGCGCAAUCAAAAUAGCUCCCCCUGCUCUUCUUCUCCGCGGCAGCGCGCUCGUACUCGUCGUCGCCGGCGCUUGGAUUGCGUGGAAGCGGUAUCGAAUUUCUGCCAUGGCGAAGCAGCCAGUGCGUGUUCUUGUGACUGGAGCUGCGGGGCAAAUCGGGUAUGCGCUCGUCCCGAUGAUUGCGAGGGGCGUCAUGCUCGGGCCGGACCAGCCUGUGAUCCUCCACAUGCUGGAUAUUCCGCCCGCGGCGGAAUCGCUCAAUGGAGUCAAGAUGGAGCUCAUCGACUCGGCAUUUCCUUUGCUUAAAGGAGUGAUCGCCACCACGGAUGUGGAGGAAGCUUGCAAGGAUGUUAACAUCGCAGUGAUGGUUGGAGGAUUUCCCAGGAAGGAAGGGAUGGAGCGAAAGGAUGUCAUGUCCAAGAACGUCUCCAUCUACAAGUCUCAAGCUUCUGCUCUUGAAAAGUGUGCUGCCAAGGACGUGAAGGUUCUGGUGGUUGCUAAUCCUGCCAAUACUAAUGCGCUGAUCCUCAAGGAGUUUGCUCCUUCCAUUCCUGACAAGAACAUCACUUGCUUGACGAGGCUGGACCACAACCGGGCGCUGGGGCAGAUCUCUGAAAGGACUGGUUUCCAGGUCUCGGACGUGAAGAACGUGAUUAUCUGGGGAAAUCACUCGUCGACACAGUACCCGGAUGUCAAUCAUGCUGUGGUGAUUACUCCCAAGGGAGAGAAGCCUGUUCGUGAAGUUGUCAACGACGACGAAUGGCUGAACGGGCCCUUCAUUACCACUGUCCAGCAGCGUGGUGCUGCAAUUAUCAAGGCAAGGAAGCUCUCCAGUGCACUGUCUGCUGCAAGUUCUGCGUGUGACCAUAUCCGUGACUGGGUGCUGGGAACUCCCAAGGGCACCUGGGUGUCAAUGGGAGUCCUGUCUGACGGCUCUUACAAAGUUCCCAAGGGAGUAAUCUACUCUUUCCCGGUGACCUGCGCGAACGGGGAGUGGUCUAUUGUCCAAGGCUUGUUGAUUGAUGGUUUCUCCAGAACGAAGCUUGACGCAACCGCCGACGAGCUCAUCGAGGAGAAAGAGAUGGCGUACUCUUGUUUGUAGGUAUAAGACUCGCUGCUUUCUAAUAAAACAGGAGCAGCUCUGUCGCGCAACAGGGCUCUUGAUUCGAAGUUCUUCUCAGAGAGGAGAUUUGCCUGGAUCCUGAUCUUGACUUUACUGGAAUCCACGUGUCCUUUCCCUGUAGUGGCAUGGAGAAAAGAAAAAGGCAGGUUGGCCAACUUUACAAAUCCUUUAAAAAA